AUGUGCACGGGAAAGUGCGCCCGCUUCGUGGGGCUCUCCCUCAUCCCCCUCUCCCUGAUCUGCAUUGUGGCCAACGCCCUCCUGCUAGUGCCCAACGGUCAGAUCACCUGGACCAAGGACCACCUCAGCUUGCAAGUCUGGCUCAUGGCUGGCUUCAUCGGCGGGGGCCUGAUGGUACUGUGUCCAGGAAUUUCCGCCGUCCGGGCAGGGGGCAAAGGCUGUUGUGGUGCAGGCUGCUGUGGGAAUCGCUGCAGGAUGCUGCGAUCGGUCUUCUGCUCGGCGUUCGGGAUGCUUGGUGCCAUCUACUGCCUCUCGGUAUCAGGAGCCGGGCUCCGAAUUGGACCGCGAUGCUUAAUGCACGGCUCCUGGGACUACCACUUCCAACACACCGCAGGCUCCUAUCUGCUCAACCGCACUCAGUGGAGCUCGUGCGCGCAGCCGCCACGUGUGGUCUACUGGAACGUGACACUCUUCUCGCUGCUGGUGGCCGCCUCGUGCCUGGAGAUUUUGCUGUGUGGGGUGCAGCUGGUGAACGCGUCCAUUGGUGUCUUCUGCGGCGAUUGUCGGAAGAAGGAGGGCGCCCCUCACUGAGGCUCCACGGACCUGGUCCGUCGCUCCUGGACACCCGCCUGGCCCGCCCCCGCC